AUGGGUCUCUCCGUCUCUCGCCUGCUCCAAGGCCUCUUCGGCAAAAAGGAGAUGCGUAUCCUCAUGGUCGGUCUCGAUGCCGCCGGUAAAACAACCAUCCUCUACAAGCUCAAGCUCGGAGAGAUUGUCACCACCAUCCCUACUAUCGGUUUCAAUGUUGAGACGGUCGAAUACAAAAACAUCUCGUUCACUGUUUGGGAUGUCGGAGGACAGGACAAGAUUCGUCCCCUUUGGAGACAUUACUUCCAGAACACUCAGGGUAUCAUCUUCGUGGUAGACUCCAACGACCGAGAGCGUAUCACUGAGGCCCGCGAGGAACUGCAACGCAUGCUGAGCGAGGACGAGCUGAGGGACGCCCUUCUCCUGGUAUUUGCCAACAAGCAGGAUCUGCCCAACGCCAUGAACGCUGCCGAAAUCACCGACAAGCUUGGUCUCCACUCUCUUCGUCAGCGUGCUUGGUACAUCCAGGCUGCAUGCGCUACCUCAGGUGACGGUCUUUACGAAGGAUUGGAAUGGCUCUCGACAAACCUCAAGAAGCGAGGCCAGUAA